GGCUGAGCCGAGCCGGGGCACGGAGCGGAUCUCAGCAGGCAGCGCUGAGGGAGCCGCGCCUGUGCGGCCUGGAGAAGAGACGGCUGAGAGGAGACCUCAUCCAGGUGUAGAAAUAUCGAAAGGGAGGUGUCAAGAGGAUGGAGCCAGGCUCAGCUUGGUGGUGCCGAGCAAUAGAACAAGAGACAACGGGCAGAAUUUGAUACAAGAAUUUGAUUCCACCUGAAGGAAGAACAACUUUCCUGUGCAGUGACCGAGCGCUGGUUGCCCAGAGAGGGUGUGGAGUUUCCUGCAUGGAGAUAUUCAAGGACUGGAUGCCAUCCUGUGCCACAGGCUCUGCAACGACCCUGCGUGAAGAGUCAAGAAGGUUGAGCAGCUGAGCCACUGUGGGCCCUUCCAGCCUGCCCCAUCGCGUGACGCUGUGAUUCUGUGCAAGGGGCUCGUGCAGGCAGAGCCCGUCCGUCUGUCCAGCUGCUCUCUGAGCAGUGGCUGCAGCCUGAGAGGAACCCAGCCUGUGCCUGAAGCUGUGAUGUGUCAGUAAAUGCCCUGCCUGAGGUGUCAGCAAGGGGUGGCCUUUCCUGUCACCAUCUGUGGCAGUGCAGUAGGAACACUGUAACAAUCCUCCUUCCCUUGGCGACACCAAAGGUGCUGCUUAACAUUUAUUGCAGGAUACCACUCACUGCCCUGCUACAAGUGAUAACCUCCCUUUGAAAGUGCUUGCUUGUACAUCUCAGCUUUUGAAGGAUGCUCAGUGCUUCCCAUCACAUUCCAGUUCAUUCUGAAGUGAGACAGAAAAUCUAACAAGAUAAGCAAGGACUCCCACACCUGUCCAUUCAAAUAUCUGAACCAGAAGUAUCCCAGACCUUCAUAUAUCUUGCAGGCCAGUACAGGAGUUGAAAACACUCUUUCAAAGGGAACUGGCUGAUCUGUUGUGAAUCUUGCCUGAGGAGUUUCUUUUUGCUGCCUUAGGAGAAUACAGCUGCCUUGCUCUUGUCCUGUGGCUGUGGGCUCAGAUGGUUUUGGUGUGUGCAGGGUUGUGGCUUGGGGGGUUGAUGCACACAUGGAAUUCUCUAGAAUGAUUCCUGUGUGAGGCAAAGCCAUCCUGUCUGGGUUGUUUCCUGCUGAGCCCCAGGAUACUUGACUCACUGCCGUGGUUUGGUCCCUUGCACAGACUGGGGCCUAGCUCAACACAGGAUUUUUGCUCUCUAGUAGUGUUUUGAUGAUUUGAUCAUUGUAGCAAAACAUAUUUAUAAGACCAAGUACAGUUUAGAUCUUAGAAAAUUCAUUUUGCAAGAUUUUGAAACGGGGUUGACCCUUCCCUGCUGCACAGGACCUGUCAUGGGAUGGAGUCACAGUGUUUGCCAUGGUGAUAAGGCUGUGCUGGAACCUGUAGUGAAGGACAAACCAGGGAUUUCCAAACCAGAAGAUUUGGUGAGUCAGACAGCUCAAGGGAUAAAGGUGUGGAGGGAAGAGGCAAGAGUUCUAGCUGGAGUAAAAGACAUUUAAGAUCUUCACAGCAUCUGACCUGGGCACUCAUCAAGAACGUGGGUUUCAGAAGCAGCUGAAUCUGGUGAAAGUGGUGUUGAACUCGUUCCUGUAAUUUGCUGUACAGGAGGCAGGAGCAUCACCUUUGCUUUCCUGUUCCUGUCGUGUUUGUUUCUUAAUUUUAGUGUUUCUUUGAACCAUGAGAGUUUUCUCCUGCUUUUUUCUGAAUUUCUUUUCCAAAACAUUCUCUCUCUUUACAACAUUCUUUCCCUGCAGCACCAUCCCGGAGCUCUUUUCCCCUAGCACUCAAGUGCAGCUCUUGGGGAUGUACGAGUCUGCAGAAGUCACUGCGAGUAACCACCCCCACCCCCAGCCCAGCGGCUUCCAGCGGGGAUUGCAUUUCCCAGAACGGCUCGGCUUGGAAGGGACACAGGGGCUGGAAGGGGCGCAGGCAGGGCCAGGGCAGAGCCCAGGGCGCAGGAUCGCAGUGUGGGGAGAGCAGGAACGGUGCUGAGCAGGGGCUGAGCGAGCGCCUUAGCAAUAAAUCCCUCAGCAGCUGAGUGACAGAGCGGCGGCUGCUCCCGGUGUCCGAGCGGGGGAACCCGGGACCCCAGCCCGGGCAGCGCGGGCACGGCCCCGCUGAGCGCCGCACAACGGUGCGGGGCAGUCGGUGUCAGUUCAGGGGUGUCGGUGUGGCUGUCGGUGCCGGUGCGGGGCAGUCGGUGUCAGUUCAGGGGUGUCGGUGUGGCUGUCGGUGCCGGUGCGGGGCAGUCAGUGUCAGUUCAGGGGUGUCGGUGUGGCUGUCGGUGCCGGUGCGGGGCAGUCGCUGCCGGUAUCGCUGUCGCUGUGGGCCCCGGCGGGCGCGGCCCCUUUAAGGCCGCGGGUUCCCUCAGUCGCCGCGCGCCGCUCCGGGAGCGGCGUCACGUGGGGCGCGGCGGCCUCGUGACCGGGCGCGAGCGCAGCACCGGGGCCGCCGCCGCCCCGUCCCGUCCGUGCCGCCGCCCCCGCGCGGGCCCCUCGCGCCGCCGCCGCCCCCGAGCUCCGGCGCCCCCGGGCGGGGCGGGGCGGGCGGCGCGCGCCGGGCCGGCCGCCUCUUCCUGGUCGGGCCCCGCGGGACGAGGCAGCGCCGGCCCAGCAUGGACAGCAAACCGCUGCUGCAGGAGCGGCCCCCCGCCUACAGCCCCGCCGCGCCGGGCGCGCCGGCCUACGACUACGGCCACGGCAACUACGGCGCCAUCCCCGCCCCGCAGCCCGGCUUCCAGCCGCCCCCGCCGUACUCCUACCCGGGCGCCGCGGCCGCCCCAGGGUAUGCUGUUCCUCCACCGACAUCCCAGCCGAACUAUUCGAGCACCUACACCAUCAUUCAACAGCCUGCCACCACCACUUCUGUAGUAGUAGUUGGUGGCUGUCCUGCCUGCAGAUCACCAGGAACAGCCUGGUGUGUGGCUGUGCAAUGAUGUAACUGAUGGAGUAACCUAAAGGCCAUCAAGAGGAUUUCUGCCAUCAGAAAUAC